AUGGCCGGGCAAUCUAAGCCUGUUCGUCUCUCUCCAUGGGGCAGCGCUGUUGCCGGUGCAACGGGUGCAGUUUUGGCCAAUGCCAUGGUCUAUCCACUUGACUUGGUCAAGACAAAAUUACAAGUCCAGGUGAAGCAAACCAAAGUCACCCAGGGAGUAGAAGAAGAACCACAUUAUGAAUCGACUUUUCAUGCCAUAAACAAGAUCAUUGAGUCUGAGGGUGUGAGUGGUCUGUAUUCCGGAAUAACAGGUGCUCUCCUAGGAGUCGCCUCAACCAAUUUUGCAUAUUUCUAUUGGUACAGCAUCAUUCGUACCUUAUACAUGGUCACCAAAAAGCCAACGAACACUCCCGGAACGGCUAUCGAGCUCAGCCUUGGCGCUGUCUCCGGUGCUGUCGCCCAGUUAUUUACAAUUCCGGUUGCUGUCAUCACGACCCGGCAACAGACACAACCCAAGGGCGAACGAAAGGGUUUGAUAGAGACGGGUCGAGAGGUAGUUGAUAGUGAGGACGGCUGGUCCGGUCUAUGGCGAGGCUUGAAGGCCAGCUUGAUCCUGGUAGUCAACCCGGCUAUUACCUACGGCGCAUACCAGCGCCUGAAGGAGGUAUUCUUCCCUGGCAAGAACAGCCUUAAGCCAUGGGAGGCUUUCUUUCUGGGUGCCAUGUCCAAGGCACUAGCUACAAUUGCAACCCAACCUCUCAUCGUCGCCAAGGUCAGUCUUCAGUCCCGCCCGCCGCCAAGUCGACAGGGCAAGCCUUUCAAGACUUUCAGUGAAGUGAUGAAGUACAUUAUCGACAAUGAAGGUGUUCUUUCACUUUUCAAAGGCAUUGGGCCGCAGAUUGUCAAGGGCCUUUUGGUACAGGGUCUGUUGAUGAUGACAAAAGAGAGGAUGGAACUUCUCUUCAUUGUCUUCUUUGCAUAUCUCCGUCGGAUCAAAAAAGAAAGGCUACAAAAGAUUGUGCAUGCUGCUGCUUCCAAGGCGAAGUCAAGCCUACCACCGACAUUAAACUCGAACCCCGGCCCCGCAUCGCCAACAAACAAAUUUGACUUAAUCGAUUGGACUGCUUUCACAGAAACCCGAACCCUUGUUUCAACUGUCAUCCUCACAAGCGGCAUACUAUUUGCAAUUCGUUUUCACCGUCAAUAUCUACGCCGGGUCAAAGAUGCGCCUAGUAUAUCUGCCUCCUGGCUUCGACGCCGCUCGAUCUUUGGCCAAGUCACCAGUGUUGGGGAUGGAGAUAAUUUCAGAAUAUACCAUACGCCCGGUGGAAGGCUUGCAGGAUGGGGCUGGCUCCCAUGGAAGAAGGUCCCUACCAAUAAAAAAGACCUAAAAGAUAAAACUAUCCACAUUCGUCUUGCUGGAGUAGAUGCGCCUGAAAUGGCUCACUUCGGUCGUCCUGAACAACCUUUUGCCCGUGAAGCUCAUAUUUGGCUGACCUCAUAUCUCAUGAACAGGCGAGUUCGCGCCUCUGUCUAUCGACAGGACCAAUACAAUCGUGUUGUAGCGAGUGUGUCAGUUCGGCGCGCGUGGGACUUUCCGCCAUUUCGUCGCAGAGAUGUUUCAUUUGAAAUGCUGAGGCUUGGCAUGGCAACAGUCUACGAAGCUAAAUUUGGUUCAGAGUUCGGCGGCGAGAAGAUGGAAAAGAAGUAUCGUCUUGCGGAAUCGCGGGCCAAGCGUUGGUCUAAGGGACUGUGGAAAGAUUGCCGCCGCGUUGGGUCCGAUUGGGAGACACCUAGGGAAUAUAAGACCCGUAUGGCUUCAGGUGAUGUUACAGCAAAGAAGUGA